ACCCAGUUUAUACAUUCAAUCAGAAAUAAAACAGUGUACCCCUUCCAACAUUGAAACUACAUUUUGUCAUUGAGGAUGUCACCUAUUUAAUUUAUUAAUCAAUUAUUUUUUAAUGCCGUCAUCUUGUCAUUGUCACUACUACCACUCGUAAAUAAUUAUAAAUGGAUAUAAGCAGUCCACAUCCCCACUCGUGACAAAAAGCGACCGAAAAGCCGGAUUGUUUUCAACAUUAUUACCUUGAAAACAUGAAUGGACUCUUUUGUUCUUAAUUUGUUGCUAAAUAUUGUUCAUUCAGUGCAUCAUCACAACUUAUUUAGGCAGCUAUUGAACUCAAGUUUGCUGCGUUCAUAGCGUAUAUUUUUUAUCCCAAAAAUGUGGACAUUAUACCGAAAAUUAUCAUAUCUUCACGUUAUCUUACUCCUUCACAUAUUUGUUGUCCUCUAUUUUACAGCCUUGUUGUGGAGGUGGAACAAUACUGGGAGGACCAGCUUAGAAAUACCUGUAGAAUCGAGUCGUCGUCAGCAUGGCGCCAUCAAGAGAAAAAUCGUUCUAUUUACGACACGCUGGUGGCAAAGUCACUUUCCAUAUUUGGACGAAGCGAACCGUUUCUGCCCUCGGUGUGCAUUUACAGAAAAUCAGUCCUUGUGGAGGGAUUCUGACGCAAUUGUGUUCCACGGAAGGAUGCUGCCCGACGUGAUUCCACCACGCCAAAAACCCAACGAGCUCUGGGUCUUCAUGCUUUUUGAAGCCUUAACGAAUUACGACUUAAAAAGCAUCACAGACAAAAUUGUAAAAUUUGACGGCGUCUUUAAUUGGACCAUGACGUACCGGAGGGACUCUGACAUUUUCAUGCCGUAUGGGAAAUUCGUGAAUGUGACGAAACAUCAGAGACCAGGGUACAAUGAGAGUUGGGCUUUUAUUAUGGGUGCCAAUGGGAGGCAAACGUAUGAAAAUGCGGUGUAUCAAGUAACUCCAUCAAUCAUUAGGAAUAAUUCAAAAAACCAAAGCCUCGUAGCGUGGGUCGUGUCUCACUGUAAGUCGAAGAAUAAUAGGCAAAAUAUCGUAGCCGAACUUCAGAAAUAUGUUCCCAUCGACAUUUACGGAAAUUGUGGGGACAACCCGAAAAAAUGUGAUGUUCCAAAGGCUCACGCGUUGGCUGGUGUUGAUUGCAAGAUACAAAUGCAAAACCAGUACAAGUUUUAUCUCUCUUUUGAAAGUGAUAAUUGUCAGGAUUACGUGACGGAAAAGUUUUUUGACAUUGUGAGCGCAACAAAUAUGAUUCCGAUUGUUUUUGGUGGGGUGGAUUACAAGGGAAUGUUUCCGGAAAAGUCGUUCAUUAAUGUGAGGGAUUUUAAGGGGGUGAAAGAACUGGGGGAAUAUCUCAAGUACUUGGACACCCAUCCUGACCAGUGGUUGGAAUAUUUUGAAUGGAGAAAACAUUUCUGGGUGCAGAACAAUCGAUUCGUGGCUGGUUACUGUGCAUUAUGUGAUAAGUUGUGGGAGUUGGAGAAGCUUAAGCAGGAAAAUCGAGAAAGUAAGACUUAUCAUCACAUUUGGGAUUGGUGGUUGUACAGACGAGAUUCUAACAAAAGUUCGUCUCUGGCGUGUGAAUAAAGUAACAGAUUUUUGCUUAACAUUUCACCGGUUGAAUAAAAAUUUUGAUACUUUGCGUGUGUUAAAAGUAUAUUUGUUUCUCUAAUAAAUUGUGUAUUUUUUCAUGUAGCACGUAAAACUUGA